AUGUCAAAACGAAAAAAGGUCGAAACCGAAGAACAAGCCCUAUUAGUUUGGGUAAACUGUGCCCUUGAGGCUAAUAUUACAAUAUCUGGGUUCAUGCUGACUGCUCAAGCCCAAAAAUUUGCCGAAUUAUUUCAGAUAACAAAUUUUAAAGCGUCAGAAGGUAACCUUAGAAUCAGUUCCCGUUCAAGCUAUGACUUAAAGGAUCUCCCUUCUUCGGCAUCCAAAUUCGCAGAAGAAGAUGUGGAGGCACUAAACGCGACCUUCAAAUCAGCUUCCAACGAGAGCGAAGUCAUACCCGAUGUUGAAGGAUUAUUGAGUGAUACAAAGCAAAUGACCAGAUUUGAUGACCCAGAGUUAUCUAUUCCGGGUUGUAUCGCAUUUCGUAAAUUCUUUUGA